AAGGUUAUUAAAAUUGUUAAUACAGUAAUUGAAUUCAUACCACGUGGUCUUACAUUGCGUAAUUAUUUGUGAUUCAUCGAGUAAACAUCGUGUACUUUUCUCUAUAAAUAUUGUAGAUAAUUCUGUAUCAGUUGUUAUCACGUCUCAGCUCUUAUAAGUCGUACCGCUUAAAUUAUUACCGACAGUAAACUGUUGACUGUGACCAAAUAAAUUAAUUAUAAUAAAAAAUGGAAUUUGGAGCUCAAGAAAUCUUAGUAAUUAUCGCAGGAAUAUUACUUGCUUUUUAUUAUUGGUCGACGUCAACUUACAGUCACUGGAAACGUUUGGGAGUUCCCGGACCGAAACCAACACCUUUAGUUGGAAAUUUGGGGCCGUUUUUUUUUGGAAAAAUUUCUGUAAAUGAACUAUUGGAUGAAUUAUAUAAUAAGUGGAAGCAUGAACCAUUUUUUGGAAUCUACAAUGCGCGGACUCCCGCUUUGAUGAUCACGGACCCCGACUUGGUGCGAAAUAUUUUGAUAAAAGACUUCAAUAUCUUUCCUGGUCGUGGGAUUCACGUCAAUAAAGAAGAUCCUCUUGCAGAACAUCUAGUCAGCAUUGACGGUCACAAAUGGAAAGUACUGCGAACUAAAUUGACACCGAUAUUUACUACAGGAAAAUUAAAACUCAUGGUUGAUUUAAUGCUCGAGUGUGUCCAACAUUUUGAAAAAUAUCUUAAGAAUCAUGUCGGCAUUGGUGGAGUAGUUGACUGCCGUGAAGUAGCAGCUAAAUUUACUACGGAUGUUAUUGGCUCUUGUGCAUUUGGUAUCAACAUGAAUGCUCUUGACAGAGAAGAUAGUCAGUUCAGGAUAAUAGGAAGGAAAAUGUUCGAGACAUCUUAUUACAAAAUGUUAAAGCGAUUGAUCCGCGAGUUCGCACCUAGAUUUUCAAAACUUAUCGGGAUCACAGGAAUGCCAAAAACUUCCGCGGACUUCUUUAUAAACACCAUUCGAGAGACGAUGGAAUUUCGGGAGAGCAAAAACUUUGUUCGACAUGAUCUAGUUGAUAUCUUGAGGGAUAUAAAGAAAAAUCAACAGGAAAUCGAUUUUGAGAUAACUGAGAAUCUUCUGGCAGCCCAGGCGAUGGUAUUUUUUGCUGCGGGAUUUGAAACUUCUUCAACAACUAUUUCAUUUGCUCUGUAUGAGCUCGCAAUAGCUCCUGAGGUUCAAGAAAAAUUAAGAACUGAAAUUCUUGAGACUCUUAAACGACACAAUGGUCAAUUGUCUUACGAUAUCGUCAAUGAAAUGAAGUAUCUCCAUAUGGUAAUACAAGAAACGUUGAGAAAAGAUUCACCUGCAGGUUUAUUGAGAAGAAAAUCAAUACAAUCGUAUAAAUUACCUGGUACCAAUAUAACUUUGCCAGCAGGUACGAUAGUACAGAUUCCAAUAUAUAGUUUUCAUCACGACGACCGAUAUUAUCCAAGUCCUGAGACUUUUGAUCCAGAGAGAUUCAACGAAAAUGAAAAAAGACAUCCAAUGGUACAUUUACCUUUUGGCGAUGGCCCAAAGAAUUGCAUUGGCGCAAGAUUCGCAAUUUAUCAAUCGAAAUUAGGUCUUAUUUCAGUUCUCAAAAACUUCAAAGUCUCACCAUCAAAAUCUACUCAAGUUCCGUACAAAAUUGACAUCACAGCGAUCGUUCUUGCAGCUGAUGGCGGAACACAUCUUCAGUUCGAUCCUCUCAAUUAACAGCAACUUUGAAAAAUUACAAACUAUCUCUAGAAAAAUUUACUGUCGUUUUGAUAAUUUUUUCCCACCUUGAUUUUUAUAAUUACUAAUUAUACUUAAGAGUUUUAUAAUGUCUUCAUUAACAUAUAAUUAUGUCAGUCAUAAUAAAAAUGGUUUGUAAAUAUUUUAUAAAUUUAACUGGAUAAUUUAAUUGCAUGUUAAUUUUUUUGCGCGCGCUUACGUACGUCGGUGGGAAAAAAUGAAUAAUUAAAUCUUGAUAGUCAUGUUCGUAAGAAAUUAUCGUUAUCACUGAAUUGCAAAUAUCAAGUGAUGACUUGUAAUUAUUUUACUAAUUUAUUAGGCAUGAAAAUUUAUAUUUUAUUUGUAAAUAAAAUAAAAAGCUGUCAUAUAUAUCA